AUGAGCGGCAAAGAAGACCCGAGCAAGUGCUGUCCGGCCGCGGCUCCCGUCUCCAGUUUCACCAUCCAGUCCAUCCUGGGCAGCGGCAGCGCCGACGGCGGCCGGGAGCCCGGCACCAAGGCGGCCGCCGCCUGGCCCGCCCGGCCCAGGAACCUCUCCCUGUCCUCCGACGACGAGGAGCCCGAGGAGAGCUGGAAACACCACGGCUGCUUCUGCCCCGAGGCGCACGGCCCCAAGGAAACGUGCCACAAGCACCAGCCCCUCAGUUUCGCCUGUCUCAGCAACGCCAAGGGGAGCGGAGCGGCCGCGGCGGCCGGCGCGGAGCGACCGCCCUUCCUCUCGCCAUCCCAACAGGACUUUAAGGAGGAGAAAGAGAAGCCCUUGGGGCCCUCCUCGCCCUCCUGCGGGGACCGGCAACGCGACGGCGGGGACCGGCAGGCCGGAGCCGCCAAGAAGAAGACGCGCACGGUGUUCAGCCGCAGCCAGGUCUACCAGCUGGAGUCCACCUUCGACAUGAAGCGCUACCUGAGCAGCUCGGAGCGGGCCUGCCUGGCCUCCAGCCUGCAGCUCACCGAGACCCAGGUGAAGACCUGGUUCCAGAACCGCAGGAACAAGUGGAAACGGCAGCUCUCAGCCGAGCUGGAGGCGGCCAACAUGGCCCACGCCUCGGCGCAGACUCUGGUGGGCAUGCCGCUGGUGUUCAGAGACAAUUCCCUCCUCCGGGUGCCGGUGCCCCGGUCCAUCGCCUUCCCGGCCCCUCUCUACUACCCCGGCAGCAACCUCUCGGCCUUACCGCUCUACAACCUCUACAACAAGAUCGACUACUAA